CUGACUGAUUUUUCACGGAUGACACUGCUGAAGAGAUAUGUGCUGAGAUUGUUCAUAUCGUUGAAAUAUAUUACUGCGAAUGUGGUAGAUAGGAACAAUGGACGGAUAGUUGCAACCGCAUCAACUGUUGAACAUUCUCUAAAAAAUUCACUCGAAUGUGGUCGGUCUUGCAAUGCGAAAGCAGCAGCAGUUGUGGGAGAAGUGUUGGCGAUGAGGCUUAAAGUGGAGGGUCUUGAACAGGGCCAAGGGCUAGGUAUCCAUGUUGAUGUGAAAAAGGAGAUUGAGAAGAAAGGUCCAAAGAACAGCACAAAGAUAUGGUCCGUAGUAAACGCCCUUAAGAACAACGGUGUAAAACUUGUUCUUGAGGAAGAUGAGAAAGAGGCCUCUUGCUCGAGCUACAGAGUGCAUGGAGCAUAUGAUUUUAGAAAUCGUAGAGAUUGUCUGUUUUGUUAUUUCGAAUAGGGAAAAUUGCAACCGAGGUACUAAACCUUUCGUUUAUUAGUAGACUUUUCUCAAACCUUUAGUUUGUGCCAUCGUGAGUAUCAAACCUUUUAAAAAUAUGCAGCUCAAAUCCAAAUGGACGGUUCUGUGAGUUUGACUGUUAGUUGACCCAAUAAAUUGACUUUGACCAAUUUUAUAAGGGGUAAAAUUGUAAUUUUGAAUUAAAAUUAAAAAACAAAAAAUCAAAAGCCACUGUUCAUCUUCUCCUUCCUACACCCACCCCCACACUCCACACAUACCCAAGCCCAAAAACCAAAACCUAUCCAACUUCUUGGUAAUCGCCAUCCAUCCCACUGACCGCCGCCGCCCUAACCGCCAUCGUCCAUUUGUAAUAAAACAUCAUCCAUCUGGGUUCUGUCUACAAUUUUUCUUGUCUGCACCUCUACCAAAUCUUACCCAUCAUAUUCCAAACUCCACAUUGAAACAAUCCCACUGCCAUCACCACCAAAUCCCAUACAUCAGUAGCUAUCCACAACGACAAAGACCGAAACACAUCAUCAUUGCUACAGUCCAGAACCAUAGAAAAAUAAAAAACCCACUAACACCACUGCGACCACCACCACCACCACAGCAAUAACCCAUUAACACCACUAUCUAUUGAAGAAGAAGAGGAGAAAGACUCACCGGAUUCAGACCCAACAACUUUAUUGUAAUAAGCAAGUCCAGAUUGAGUUAAAGUGAACUCAUAGGCACCAGAUUCAUAACCCAAUGCACAGUGCUUCUUUUAUGCUCAAUUCAUUUACCUGUUCAAAUUGAGAGUGAAAUUUAUAUUGUGGGUCAGAGAUUUUGAUAGAAGGAGCGAUGGCUUGAAUGAUCCAGAUGGAGUGGUGGCCGAUGUAAGGUGGCGAUGCCGCCAAUGAUUACCUCCGGUGGUUUUGGGAUAAAGGGUUUGGGGAAGAAGGGGAUGGUGGUGGGUGGUGUGUUUGAUUUUUGUUUUUUAUUUAAUCAUGAGAAG